GCACGCUGACAUCUCUAAACAGCGGCUUCCACGAAUUUUUUGUGGGCGCUUUGGUUAUAUUUACUGUAUAAAAGGGGCGUGGCAGAUUAAGUCCAUGUAUGUGGCCGCAUCGGUGAACUAUAUCAGUUGAAAGCAUUCGUUCCAGUUGUUCGUCGAUCGCUGUUCUCAUCGGCAGCGCAGUGUGCUUUUCUUUGUUCCCGGACUGUGACAUCACUGUCAGGAAGCGUUUGCUGUCUUUUUCUUCUUCCGUUCGGCAGUCUUUGAAAUUAAACUUGAAAAUAUAAAACGGUUUUCCCCCCUGAGGUCUUUCGGUUAACAACACUCAGCCACCAUGUGUCAAGCCACGGGGAUGAUGCAGUGCGAGAUCAAGAACAUGGCGCUAUCGGGCGAUCCGGAGCUGGACGACCAAAUCCGCAAGUGGAUUCGGUGGGACAAAUGCGCCAGCACCGCUUGCCAAAUUAUGGACGCCGUUCGGGCUCAGGAUUGGGAUACGCUGCGGAAAAGACUGUGCACUCGGAUCAGCUUUGGCACGGCAGGUCUGCGGGCAUGCAUGCGUGCGGGCUUCGACUCCAUGAACGAACUAGUGGUCAUCCAAACGGCGCAGGGCUUGUGCGAGUACAUAAAGGAGCAGUUUCCAAAUCCGGAGGACUGGUCUCAAAGGGGCAUCGUGUUCGGGUACGACGGUCGCUACAACAGCCACCGAUUCGCCGAGCUCUCGGCCAUUGUGUUCUUGAACAACGAUUUUAAGGUGUGGCUGUACAAGCGGUACGUGGCCACUCCCAUGGUGCCCUACGCCAUCUUAAGGCUUCAGUGCUUGUGCGGCGUUAUGGUGACUGCCUCGCACAAUCCCAAAGAGGACAAUGGCUACAAGGUGUACUGGGAUAAUGGGGCCCAAAUCAUCCCGCCACACGACGAGGGCAUCCAGGAGGCAAUCAUGAAUAACCUUGAACCUAAGGCCUCUUCGUGGGACGACUCGGCCAUGUGUUCGAACCCUAUGCUAGAGGAUCCCUACGACAUUGUAGUUCCGCCCUACUUUGAUGCUCUGAAGAAGAGCCUUCCCUGCACCUUGCUGGAGGUCAACGGAAAAUGUUCGAUUUCGUUCACCUACACGGCCAUGCACGGCGUGGGCUAUGAAUUUGUGAAGCAGGCUUUUGCUCGGAUCAACCUGAAGCCAUUCGUUUCGGUGUGCGAGCAACAGGAGCCAGACCCGGAGUUCCCUACCACACCUAUGCCAAAUCCGGAGGAGGGCAAGACCUCGCUGGACUUAUCCAUUCGGACUGCAAAGGCCAACGGUUCCCAAAUCAUUUUGGCUAACGACCCCGACGCCGAUCGCCUGGCAGUGGCUGAAAAACGCGAGGAUGGCUGCUACAAGCUGUUCACCGGCAACGAGGUGGGCGCGCUUCUGGGAUGGUGGGCUUUGGAGCUGCAUAAGAUGCGUGAGCCCGGCUGCGACGUAAGCAAUUGCGUAAUGAUAGCCAGCACGGUCAGCUCAAAGAUACUCAGGGCCAUGGCCGAACAGGAGGGUUUCCAGUUCUUUGAAACGCUGACCGGGUUCAAGUGGAUGGGCAACAAGGCCAUCGAACAGCAACAGGCCGGCAAGCAAGUACUUUUUGCGUUCGAGGAGGCCAUCGGCUUUAUGGUGGGCACGGCUGUGCUGGACAAGGAUGGAAUCAGUGCCGCUGCCCAUGUGGCCACCAUGGCAUGCUACCUGCGUUGCAAGCUGUGCAUGACGUUGCAGGAGAAACUGCGCGACAUCUACGAGACUUAUGGGUUCCAUACGACCAUCUGCUCGUAUGUCAUCUGCCGCUGUCCACCAGUGAUCGCGCAGAUCUUCGAGCGGCUUCGCACAUGGGACGAGGGCAAGGCGGACACCUACCCUACCAGCAUCCUCAACGGCGAGUACGAGAUUGAAAACGUGCGCGACCUUACCACCGGCUUCGACAGCAGCACCGGCGACAAGAAGCCGACACUGCCGACCAGCUCCAGCUCCCAGAUGAUCACGUUCACCUUCAAGAACGGCCUGGUGGUCACCUUGCGAACCAGCGGAACGGAGCCCAAGAUGAAGUACUACGCCGAGAUGUGCGGCAAGCCGGAGGAGAAGAACUGGGCGAAACUGACUAACACAAUGAAUACUAUGGUGGAGGCCAUUGUAGAGGAGUUUUACGAGCCACAAAAGAACGGGCUGCAGCGGAAGAAGGACUAAUCUGGAAGACCUUUUCGGGGAAUCGAAUUUUACCAUACAUUUUUAAACUUGACCUGGCUAAAAUUUUUAGUUUCGAAACCAACAGCACUGAUGCACAAGCCAAAAAGCAACAGCUGCGCAAGCUGCUCACUAUUAGUAUUUAAGGAAUAUUUAAUAUGCUAGUAUUCCAUUUACACUAGGCGAUUAUUUAUGAAAACUUGUAAAUAAAAGCGAACGCUACCAACCACCAGGCACAACCAAAA